AUAAAACGGAAAUGCAGUGCUAUAUAUUAUCUAGCUUGACGACAGGUCGGUAAAACCCUUUCCUGCCGUGUUUGGUUACAACUAACCGAUGAACUGUCAGGGGGAUCACACCGGCCCAAUGAGGGUGCUGGUGACAGGAGGGUCUGGCCUGGUUGGAAGGGCCAUACAGCAUAUAGUCAAAGAGGAAGGAGGAGGCAAGGAGGGGGAAGAAUGGGUAUUCCUCUCCUCCAAAGAUGCCAACCUCAUGAACAUGGAGGAGACACGGGCGGUGUUUAAGAAACAUCGACCCACUCAUGUCAUCCACCUGGCUGCUAUGGUGGGAGGGCUUUUCAAGAACAUGAAGUAUAACCUGGACUUUUGGAGGAACAACGUCUACAUCAAUGACAACGUGCUGCAGGCGGCACAUGAAGUGGGCGCCGUCAAGGUCGUUUCCUGCCUAUCUACCUGCAUCUUUCCAGAUAAGACCACCUAUCCCAUCGAUGAGACGAUGAUCCAUAACGGUCCACCCCACGAGUCAAACUUUGGCUAUGCCUAUGCAAAGAGAAUGAUUGACGUUCACAACAGGGCAUAUUUCCAGCAGCACAGCCGCUGCUAUACAGCUGUAAUCCCCACUAAUGUGUUCGGUCCUCAUGACAACUUCAGCAUUGAGGAUGGUCAUGUGCUGCCAGGCCUCAUCCACAAAGCUUACACCGCUCAAAAGGAGGGGAAGCCCUUGGUAGUCUGGGGCUCCGGCACUCCCAGAAGGCAGUUCAUCUACUCGUUGGACUUGGCUCGUCUCUUCCUGUGGGUUCUGAGGGAAUAUCCGGAGGUUGAUCCGAUCAUCCUCUCUGUCGGUGAGGAAGAUGAAGUGUCGAUCAAAGAAGCAGCAGAUGCAGUUGUGCAAGCGCUGGGCUUUAAAGGCGAAGUGGUGUAUGAUACCAGUAAAGCAGACGGCCAGUUCAAAAAGACGGCCAGUAAUGCAAAGCUGCACCAGUAUCUGCCAGACUUCACCUUCACACCGUUUAAACAAGCUUUGAAGGAAACCUGUGAUUGGUUCGUUGCCAACUAUGACACAGCUCGCAAGUGAAAACUCUCCCGAAACAAGUGGGCACAAAGUCUGUAGAUCCACGACCCGUUCUGUUGACAGGGAAGGAGAAUAGAGAUGAUGGUGAUGUCGGCGGAAACGGAAACAACUGGUGGAAAACAACAUCUGCACGGGCAGAAGGCUUGUAGUGAAGAAGAUCCUGUCUGUCACUCCCGUCUGUGCACUUAGUGAGCUGGACUGAAUGUCUCACUUUGAAUUCACGUCUGCAACAUUAUACUGUAUCAGGUUCUGAAUUAUGUUGUAGACUUUUCUCUUUAGGAACAAUACUUGUGUAACUGUUAACAUUAUUUUCUACCACCUGUAUGUAGGUUUUUCAAAUUUUUAUUCACUAUGCUAGUGUUGAUCAGUUUGGUUGCUUCAAUCUUGGAAUCCAGGUGCUGGCACAUUUUUUAUAAUUUCAGUAAUUUUCUGUGUAUUAAUCAUUUUCAGCUGUUCAAAGUUACAUUAGUGAAUUCCCUUCAUUGUUGAAGGCUUUAGAGACACAGAGGAGAGAAACUAGCAUGAACAGAAAUAACAGCAGUAGAGACUCACACUGAGCUGAAAUGAAAUGAUGUGCACAUAAAUUAGGUAAAUAACAAAUAAACAUUUUGUUUUUGUUCCCGCCCCUCCGAGGCAAACCCUGAGCGUAUAGUUGUGACAUCACAACCUCACGGAAGUCCAAACGGCUCGUUUAAAGGCAGUUUCAGAAUAAGAGCAUUUUGAUACUUUCACAGUAUUUAUAUAGCACUUGAUAGACCUGCUUUAUGUGGGACCUUUAAAUAAUCUGCUAUAGAUUCACUUUAUUUAAUAAACAAAUUCAAAUUUAUGGUCCCUGAGCAAAUAAAUGUUUCAUACCUGUAAUAUGUUAAACGUCUGAAUCUUUUCAGGCUUUGAGACAGGCUGAGAUUUCUGAUCAUGUUUCAUGAUUAUAAAAGGGAUAUUUGUAGGUUUUCAUAAUUCUCAAAUGUAAUAAAGUUUAUUCAUAUAGCACUUAUCAAAACAAGCAAUUACAAAGUGCUUUGCAAAGCAGACAUAAAAACAACAAAGGAUAGAAUAUAGAUACACACAUUCCCACAUAUACAUCAUUAAAGACAAAUAUAAAGAGUAUAAGAAAGCCUUAUGAUAAAAGUGAGUUUUAUGAAGUGACUUAAAAGAAGAUAAUGAAUUUGCAAGUCUGAGAUUCUCAGGCAGGUCAUUCCAAAAUAGUGGUGCUGUGACAGAAAAAGCUCCGUCUCCUUCCUCCUGAGGACCUCAAACUGUAUGCAGGUUGAUAAGGGAGAUUAACUCAGAGAUGUCGUCUGGGACCAGGCCAUGAAGUGCAUUAAAUAUAAUGAGUAGGAUCAUAAAAUCAAUUCUGAAACCAACUGGCAGUCAGUGUAGGACAUUAAAAGAGGAGUAAUAUGGCUGCUGUGUUUUGUACAGUACAGUACAGUGGAGUCUGAAUUGAUUUCUGAUUGCACUAAUCUAAUGAUGUGCUAUAAAAACAACCUGAAUACAGAAACAGAGAGGUUUAUGGGUAAAGAAA